GCGGCUGCGCGUCAGGAGCAGUGCGCGUGCGCCGAGCGCGGCGUGACACUCGUGGAGUGGAAGUGUGUGAGCGGUGAUCCCGGCUCAUCAUCGGUGUGUGACUGCGUGUGUGUGACAGAGACGGGGUCUGACGCGGAUCAUGUCGUGGCUCUUCGGGCUCGGUAAAGGUCAGGGCGGCGCACCGCCGGACGCUUCGGUUCCGCCCGGUCCUCCUCCUCCUCCUCCUCCUCCGGCCGGCGGCUCCGGCUCCGGUUCGGGAGACAAACCCAAGGACAAAUGGAGCAACUUCGACCCCACGGGGCUGGAGCGCGCCGCGCAGGCGGCCAAAGAGCUGGACCGAUCGCGUCACGCCAAAGAUGCGCUGGAUCUGGCGCGCAUGCAGGAGCAGACCGUGCAGAUGGAGCACCAGAGCAGAAUCAAGGAGUACGAGGCAGCGGUGGAGCAGCUGAAGGGUGAUCAGAUCCGUAUCCAGGCGGACGAGCGAAGGAAAACUCUGAACGAGGAGACCAAACAGCACCAGGCGAGGGCGCAGUAUCAGGACAAAUUGGCACGGCAGCGGUAUGACGAGCAGCUCCGGCAGCAGCAAAUGUUAAAUGAGGAGAACCUGCGCAAACAGGAAGAGUCUGUGCAGAAGCAGGAGGCCAUGAGGAGAGCGACCGUCGAACACGAGAUGGAGCUGCGGCACAAGAACGAGAUGCUACGCGUGGAGGCGGAGUCUAAAGCUCGCGCACGUGUGGAGAGAGAGAACGCUGACAUCAUCCGCGAGCAGAUCCGACUGAAGGCGGCCGAACACCGACAGACCGUCCUCGAGUCCAUACGGACGGCGGGCGCCGUGUUCGGGGAAGGUUUCCGUGCAUUUGUAUCCGACUGGGAUAAAGUGACGGCAACGGUGGCGGGACUCACUCUGCUGGCGGUGGGUGUUUAUUCUGCUCGUAACGCAACUGCUGUGGCCGGACGAUAUAUCGAGGCGCGGCUAGGAAAACCUUCGCUAGUGCGAGAGACGUCACGAUUCACUGUGGUGGAAGCCCUCAAACACCCCAUCAAGAUGGCGAAGCGGUUGAAGAGCAAACCUCAGGACGCGCUGGAGGGAGUGGUGCUCAGCCCGACGCUGGAGGAGCGCGUGCGCGACAUCGCCAUAGCGACGAGGAACACGCGGCAGAACCGUGGACUGUACCGGAACAUCUUGAUGUACGGGCCGGCGGGGACAGGGAAGACGCUCUUCGCUAAGAAGCUGGCGAUGCAUUCUGGGAUGGAUUACGCCAUCAUGACGGGAGGAGACGUGGCGCCGAUGGGUCGAGACGGAGUGACGGCGAUGCACAAGGUGUUCGACUGGGCCGGGACCAGCGGACGAGGGUUGCUGCUGUUUGUGGAUGAAGCCGACGCUUUCCUUCGCAAGAGAUCCACUGAGCGGAUAAGUGAAGAUCUACGUGCGACUCUGAAUGCAUUCCUGUACCGCACUGGAGAACAGAGCAACAAGUUCAUGCUGGUUCUCGCCAGUAAUCAGCCCGAGCAGUUUGAUUGGGCAAUAAACGACCGAAUCGAUGAGAUCGUGAACUUCAUGCUGCCGGGACUCGAGGAGCGAGAGAGACUCGUACGACUUUACUCCGACAAAUACGUGCUGGAGCCGGCCACCGGAGGACGCCAGAGGCUGAAGCUGGCUCAGUUUGACUACGGGCUGAAGUGUUCAGAGAUAGCGAAGCGUGUGGAGGGAAUGUCCGGACGAGAGAUCUCCAAACUCGCAGUGGCCUGGCAGGCGGCGGCGUACUCCUCCGAGGAUGGCGUCCUGACCGAGCCGAUGAUCGACGCGCGGGUGGACGACUCUGUCAGACAGCACCGGCAGAAGAUGGACUGGCUUCAUGGAGAAGGGGUUCUGGAUAACGAGGGCCGGCCGAUUCCCGCCAAAGGCUCCGCGCCGCCGCUCAAGGCACAGGAAGUGCUCCGCCCUCUACAGGAAGUGCCAUCGGACGGGAGCAGACCCGAGGGGACUCCGGUGUAACAGUCCUGUGGAGUCUUGUGUCUUUAGGACGAUUAAAGCUGUGUUUGUGCUCAUGUUUACUGAUCUCACGUCUGUAAGGUUAAUAUUCAUUGACUGGAAACAAGUUCACAUCAAAUCCUGGAAACUGUUUUUAUGUCUUGACAGUAAAGCCAUUCUCAUUUCUCAUGA